GCGCUUGCCAAAUAGCGUGCCGAGCGUUUUUACAAGUAGUCAGUGGCGUGGCGUGUGUCCGACGAGUGGUGUGUUUUCGGGCAUCGUCGUAGAAGCUUGCCGUCCUGUCUACCUGUGACAAUAUAUCGAUCGCGUUGUAAUUUGUUAUUUGUUUUCGCGACCAGCAAAAACAUAUCAUUUUUUUAUUUUUAGACCACGUUGAAUAUUUUUUUAAAAUGUCAAAAAACAUUUACCUACCGAAUUAUGAACACUCCGAAAAUGCUCACAUACAAUCCAUGGAACAAUACCGACAAAUGCAUAAAAAAUCUAUAGAGUCACCUGCCGAAUUUUGGUCGGAAAUUGCAGAUCAAUUCUACUGGGAAAACCCAUACGACGUCCGAAAUUUUUAUUCUUUUAAUUUUAAUGUGAAAAGCGGGCCCGUUCAAGUCAAAUGGAUGGAAGGCGCCACCACAAAUGUGUGCUUUAAUUUAUUAGAUAAAAAUGUUCGUAGAGGGAUGGGCGAUAAAAUAGCAUUUUACUGGGAAGGUAAUGAUCCUGAAGAUUACAGUAAAAUAACGUACAAAAAAUUACUGGAAGAAGUAUGCAGGUUCGCUAAUGUAAUGAAAUCUAAAGGAGUCGUUAAAGGAGACCGAGUAGCAAUAUAUAUGCCUAUGAUUUUAGAGAUCAUUAUUGCUAUGUUGGCUUGUGCUAGAAUUGGCGCUGUUCAUUCAAUUGUAUUUGCUGGAUUUUCAGCAGAAUCACUAGCAGAACGUAUGGCUGAUUGCAAAUGUAAAGUUCUAAUUACUGCUGAUAGUGUAUAUCGAGGCGACAAAUUGUUGAAUAUAAAAAAUAUUUGUGAUUCAGCAAUGGAAAGAUGUCAAAAUUUUGGUCACGAAGUUCAGACAUGUAUAGUUGUUCGUCAUUUACCAAGAUUAUAUAGAUCAACAAACCAUUCUAAUGGAACUAACGGAAAUGCAUCUGACGUGAUAGAUCUCCAUUCUGAUGUUUCGUGGACAGAUGGAAGAGACUUUUGGUGGCAUGAUGAGAUGGAUGAUGUAGAACCAGCUUGUUAUCCUGUUUGGAUGUCAGCGGAAGAUCCAUUAUUUAUGUUAUACACAAGUGGUUCAACAGGAAAACCGAAAGGAGUACUACAUACAACAGGAGGAUAUUUAUUGUACGCUGCAACUACUUUUAAAUAUGUUUUUGAUUACCAUCCUAGUGAUAUUUAUUGGUGUACAGCUGAUGUUGGUUGGAUUACAGGCCAUUCAUAUGUUACUUAUGGACCUUUAGCAAACGGAGCGACUUCAAUAAUUUUUGAAGGUACGCCGUUUUAUCCAGAUAAUUCAAGAUAUUGGUCAAUAAUCGAAAAAUAUAAGGUUACACAAUUCUAUACAGCUCCAACAGCUAUACGUGCAUUGAUGAAAUUUGGAGAGGAACCAGUUAAGAAACACAAUUUGAAUUCCCUUAAAGUAUUGGGAUCGGUAGGCGAGCCUAUUAAUCCAGAAGCGUGGUUAUGGUACUACAAAAAUAUUGGAAAUGAGCGUUGUUCUAUUGCAGAUACAUUUUGGCAAACUGAAACUGGAGGACAUGUAAUUACCCCAUUACCUGGCUGUACACCAAUGAAACCAGGCUCAGCUACUUUUCCAUUCUUUGGAGUUAAUCCAAUUCUACUAGAUGAAAAUGGGCAAGUUAUCGAAGGAGUUGGUGAGGGAUACUUGGUGUUUAAUAAACCUUGGCCCGGAAUGAUGCGUACAUUAUUUGGUAAUCAUGAGCGCUAUCAGUCGGUUUAUUUUAGUAAAUUUCCAGGAUACUACUGUACUGGAGAUGGAAAGCAAAAACAAAGUAAUAAUUCCCAUUCUUUUAAUAAUAAAACAAAACUGGAUGGUUUAAUAUUAGCAAAAUGAAGACAUUUUUUACCUAAUGGAUUUCAUUAUUUAUAUACACUGCUAAUUGGCUAUCGAAUCAAACUAUAAAAUUAAAAUUGAAGACAAUGGACAACUAUUGUUUUUUUGAUGUACCCAUCAAUUGGUAUAAAGUGUAAUUUAAUUCAAAACUCUGACCGAUUUAAGUUUUAAAAAAUAAUUCAAACAUCUUAGGUAGAAGAUCUACUUAUCCAGUUUCGUAUUUAGGCAAACUAUAUUGACUGCGGCUUGGUUUAAUCUUGAACGUUACAUGCAAAUUAUAAAAUAAUAUAAUUUGUAGAAUACUUUAUAGAGAAUCACAUAUAUUUUAUUUACAUUAUACAAAAUUUAAAAAUCCCCCUUAACAAAAAGACUAGUUUAUAGAAUUAUGAAAAAAAAAAUGUCAUUUAAUCCAGGAUCUUUUGACUUAUUGAUAAAUACUUUUAAAUAUAUUGUUCUAUUACAAGCGGCG